UAAAACCGUAAUUAUAAAAAAAUUAUCUAUUAAAACUACGUACAGCCAUCCCAUACAUAACACUACCCAACUCCCCGUACUGCAUCAUCAUGCUGGAUCUGUACAGGCGCGUUGUGGCUCGCUUUCCACUUGGCAAUGUCAGUUACAUGUUCGCCUACGGCUCGGGCGUCAAACAGCAAAUCGGCUAUGAAAAAGUGGACGAGAAGCCGAAUUCGAAAAGUGUCAUCGACUUGGUAUUUUGCGUACGUGACACUCAGGGCUUCCAUGCGGAGAAUAUACACCGGCAUUCCAGUCACUAUUCGGCAUUAUGCCAUCUGGGCGCUAACCUGGUGGCUCAGUAUCAGGAGAUACUCGGCGCCAGGGUUUAUUUCAAUACACUGGUGCCACUGCAUGACCUAGGAGUGACUAUUAAAUACGGCGUGGUACAUGAGGAUCAUUUGAUUGAUGAUCUAAUCAAUUGGCGGCACCUUUACUUGGCCGGGCGCCUUCAAAAACCCGUCACUGAUCUCAUAAAGCUCGAUGACGAUUCACGUCUUAAAACCGCCUUGGAGAAAAACCUGCGGUCAGCUUGUCAGACGGCACUGCUGCUGCUGCCCGAGAAGUUUACCGCCUACGAUCUGUUCUAUGCCAUUGCCGGGCUAAGCUACAAGGGCGACUUUCGUAUGAUUUUUGGCGAGAAUAAACGGAAGGUGCACAACAUAGUUCAGCCGCAAGUCCAUGAGUUCUUCACGCUCUACCAGCCCAUGAUGAAACAGUUGUCGCAGUACAUGGCCGUAGAUUUGCAUGGCCAGGCGCCGGGCUCGCGGAAACCGGCCAUUGUGUUCGAGCAGGAUAAAUCUGGCGAAGCUACUCGAUAUCAUCUGCGCCAUUUGCCUAAGGAGCUGUGCCACCGAUUGAAGCGCAAUGCUGCAUGCCGUGGAGAUUAUACAGAUGUGGUGGACUAUCUAGCCGUAGCCCCACUGCUCCCAAAGAUCGUCCAGGUGUCGGUGAACGACAUUGUGUGGCGCAGCAGCAUUAAACAAUCGCUGAAAAAUAUUGCCACUGCAGGGAUUAUAAAGUCGCUCGUCUACAGUUUUCGCAAGGCACAGAAGACAUUUGCAGUCUAAAGUAUUUAUCUCAUCUGCUCUAAGUUAAACUCUAGCUGAUUUUUCCUGCCAAUUAUUGACUGAGUUGCGCUAGAUUGUGCUAACUUUCUGUUAAUUAAUUUUAAGCCCCAAAGUUGUUGACAUCAAUAGAGAAUGUGUAGAUUACAAAGUA